AUGUUCGACCCCCCGUAUGCUGUCGCACCACUCACUGGAGGUCUCGUACCGGUGACGACGACUGUUGCGAUGACCCAGCCAGAGACACAGAGUACCCCCAGCGCAACUCCUGCCACUGAUACUACCGCCACGCCGAUAGCCACCACUACGGUGGCGGUCAUGACAGAAUCCUCUUACUCUAGUGCAGAGCCUACUUCGCCUGUGGUGGAGACCUCUUCCUCUAGUGCAGAGUCAACUUCGCCCAUGAUGGAGACCUCUUCCUCUAGUGCAGAGUCGACUUCGCCCGUGAUGGAAACCACUUCCUCUCAGGAUGACGUUACUUCUUCCAAUGCCAUGCCGACUACGGCGUCAUCUAUUACUGGCCAGGCUGCUGGUUCGUCAUCAUCCUUCAGCACCGUCUCCAGUCCAGCCACUACUUCUGCGACAUUCAAUGCUGCGAGCAAAGAAAGUGGGCGGGGCGCGUGGCUGGGUUUGAGUCUCUUCGCGAUGGCAAUCUUGCUCUAA